CUUUGCCUCGGGGACAAAUAAUUGUCGUCGUCAUUAUCGCGGGAAUUGGAUUUUCCUUUCGAUCCGUUCCACCACCACACCACCACCACCAUAAUGCCGGGAUUCCUGCCGUCUGCUGAAACCUUCGCAAAGGGCGCGUUCGCUACUGCGGCGAUGGUGACGACAACGGCAGCAGCGCUCUUAUACUACGGGCAGAAUUAUCUUAUUUAUCCGUCGGCGUACAUCAGCCUCGGUCCAGAAUUGGACGCUGUCGAGUCCCCAGGUACCUUCGGACUGCACUACGACGACGUCGAAUUGAAGACAUCCGACGGGGUCACCUUACGUUGUUACCUUCUCCCACAGAAAAAAGAGUUUUCACGGCCGACACGCUUUUCGACGAUACCCAUUACGCCGCUCAAUUAUUCGGACACGGAGACGGAUGAGAAACUUGUGGCCCGUCGGCCGACGGUGAUUAUGUUUCACGGAAAUGGAGGCAACCUGGGUCAUAGAAUACCACUUGCGAUGAUGUUUCAACUCCUCAUGCGAUGUAAUGUCCUUAUGGUCUCAUAUCGUGGGUACGGAAAAUCCGAUGGCUCACCCUCAGAGAAAGGCUUCCAACAAGAUGCACAGGCCGCAUUGGAUUACGUCAUGUCUGAUUCGCGGUUUUCUAAGACGCGAAUUUUCGUAUACGGGCAAUCCAUCGGAGGAGCUGUAGCUAUCGACCUCGUCAGCCGCAACCCAAGCAAGAUCUUCGCACUCAUUCUGGAAAACACGUUUACCUCUCUCCCUGCACUCAUCCCGCAUGUCCUACCCAUCCUCGGCCCGUUCACAUUUUUGUGUCACCAAAAGUGGAAUUCGGCUUCGAAGAUUCCGCUGAUACCGGCAAGGACGCCUGUUUUGCUAUUGAGUGGAUCUUCGGAUACGCUGGUCCCACCAGAACAUAUGCGAGAGCUUAGGGAGUUGAUACGCAAGCGGGGUGUCGACGAGGUAUCGAGAUGGGAAGAGUUUGCUGGUGGUCAGCAUAACGAUACGUCGGCGCAGCACGGGUAUUGGCAUGCCAUUAAUGAUUUCGUGACGGGUCUUAUUAUGGCUUCCGAAAAGGAGAAAGCUGCAUGGUAGAAGUGGUUGUUUGAAAUACGAAUCUAAUAUGUACUUUAUAUAUUUUUGUUAUGGAGUUGCUCUCGGGGGAAUGAUAAAUGUAUCGCCCUGCAAGUCCGAGGAUAACCUGCGGUAUUCCUUCGUAUAUAGUGGACAGAUGGU